AUGGCGGUAGUGUUCGGCGUGUUCUUCGUGGGACACUCCUUUCCCGUCACGAACCAGUUCUUCGACCAGGCAGACCCCACGCACUGGGUUUUGGACGUGGGGUCCAAGAUAACCCAGCAGAUCUCUGACCUGAAGGACGUCUCGCUGUUUCUGGCGCAACCCAAUGUGCUGGAGCCACACCUGGCGCUGGGGCUGUACGUGAAGGCCGGCAGCUCUGACUGGCUGUACAGAGGUUUUGUCAGCAGUGCGCACCCAUCUGAGGUCAUGCCUCUUCAGUGGCCAGGCAUAGUGGCAAGUGGCCUUGUGGGAACGAGCCCUGCUCAAAUCGGGGUCUCCGUGGAGCCUUUGAACGAGGUUUCAUUGAAGGAAGGCUCGCGUAUAGCAGCCAAAGAAGACUUCGCAAAGAGGGUGGCGCUCAACUUGUACCACUUCAUGUCUUCAUUUGAGACCCAACAAGCAGGCAACCAAGUUGUGGUGCCUGCCAACUGUUUUGAAAGGUGGUUUACCAAGUUCCAGGAGAAAUUCAGGAGAGACCCAGACUUCCUGACACGCACUGACAGCACCUGA